UUUAAUUUAUAAGUUUUGAGUGUCGUGAAUUUAUUUUUUAUUUUUAAAGAUUGAAUAUGGAUCGAAUGAAGAUAUAUUGGCUGUCAGUGUGCCUCAUGCUGGCCAGUGCUGAGGCCUCCAAGAUCCUGGUGGUGUUCCCCUUACCCUCGAGGAGCCAUGGCAACCUUGGUGAUGGAAUCGUUAAGCAUCUGCUGAAUGCUGGACAUGAGGUUACAUACAUAACACCAUUUGCUUAUAAAAACGCUCCUCCCAAGCUCCGGACAAUUGAUGUCAGCAAGAACUUCGAUAUCAUGCCAAUGGACAUUAUGAGCAUCAAGACUAUAAUGGACUCUCCCAUGUUUCUUGACAGCAUUGGAUUCAUGUUGUACAUGAUGAUCGAUAUGUUAAGGCAUACAGUACAGAUUGAAGGUGUUAACAAACUCCUUAGCGAUCCUAAAGAAGAAUUCGAUCUUGUUAUUGCAGAGUGGAUGUUUAGUGACAUCCCUGCUGGAUUUGCUUCAGUAUUCGAUUGUCCACUUAUUUGGCUGUCAUCAGUAGAGGUACAUUGGAUGAUUCUCCAAUUGGUCGAUCAAGCACCAAACCCUGCCUACACAGUCGAUAUCAUGUCAACGUACACUCCACCAUUGAACUUCUGGCAGAGGGCUAAUGAACUGUGGACUCAAGUGAAAGUCAAAUUCUUGCAAUACGUAUGGUUGGACGGUGUCCAAGAAAGAGCAUUCAACGAGUUCAUACAACCAUUAAUUUUAAAACGUGGCAGAAAACCACCAACCUUUGACGAAUCUAGAUACAAUGCAUCGUUGUUGCUGUCAAACGCCUACAUAUCUACAGCUGCUCCAGUGGCUCUGCCACAGAAUCAUAAAUUCAUUGGAGGUUACCAUAUCGACGAAGAAGUCAAACCAAUGUCCGCGGAUUUGAAGAAAAUUAUGGACAAUGCAAAACAUGGAGUCGUAUACUUCAGCAUGGGUUCUAAUUUGAAGAGCAAAGACAUGCCUGAAGAACUUAAAAAGAGUCUCUUGAAGAUGUUCGGAACCUUGAAGCAGACUGUGCUGUGGAAGUUCGAAGAGAAAAUGGAAAACCUCCCAGCCAAUGUUCACAUUCUGGACUGGGCACCACAGCAAGCUAUUCUUUCUCAUCCAAAUCUUGCCGUCUUCGUAACACACGGUGGUCUCCUGUCGACAACAGAAUCAGUUCACUUCGGUAUACCAAUCAUUGGUAUACCAGUAUUCGCUGACCAGUUUCUGAAUGUCAUCAAAGCUGUCAACAAAGGCUUCGCGCAACGAGUGGACCUGUCUUAUACCAUGGCUGAUAAACUAAAGGAAGCAAUUAUCGAAGUUACCAGCAACAAAAGAUAUGCAGAGAAGGCGAAGGAGUUAUCCAUUAUCCACCACGACCGUCCUGUAAAACCGGCAGAUGAGCUGGUACACUGGGUGAACCACGUGAUCAAGACACGCGGCGCGCCACACCUGCGUUCCCCCGCCUUACACGUGCCAUUCUACCAGAAGAUGUACCUGGAUCUCGCUGCAGUCCUAGUACUCCUAUUCUUAGCUGGACGAGUACUCUUAAAGAAAGUUUAUGCAGCAGUGUGUUCGAAAAAGAAAUCAGGAAGUCAAAAAAAGAAUAACUAAGAACAAACAAAAGACUGUUUAUUUUGUACAUAUUGUAUUAGGUUUAUGUGUAAUUUAAGUGUAAAAUAAAGUUUUUUAUUUUAUUUUUA